UCAAGAUGAAGAGGACCGUCCACACGGUGUGUUAUCUGAACCUGGCUGUGGCGGACCUGACCUACUGCCUCACCCUCCCCAUCCUGGUGGCCUCCCUCAUUGUUCAAGGAUCAUGGCGCAAAAAUCAAUUGCUCCGGAUGUUCGUCCUCUGCGCCGUCACUCUCAACGCCUCUGCCAGCAUCUUCCUGUUGACCCUGAUCAGCAUCUUCCGCUGCCUGGCCAUCACCCGGCCCAUCUGGUUCCGCCAACAUCCGGGCCUGGCCUGGGUGCGUGCGGCCUGCUUCGGGGCCUGGGGCCUGGCCUUCCUCCUGUGCUUGCCUGUCCUGUCUCGGCAGACUGCCCCGUAUCUCGGGGACAAAACCAGGGUCACAUUGAAGAAUUUAUUUAUGAAAUUGAAAAUGUCAUGUGGGAUUUGACCUCAGGAUCAUCAGCCCAAGCCCGCGGAUUAUCCUCACAACAUAAUUAGAAUGCUAUCACAGUUGCCCUCUAGUCACGUUGGCUCAGAAGGAGUUCCAGACCCCCACUGUCUUCUGGGGACAGGUCAGAAAGGGGCAGAGGAGUGGCAGAUGGAGUUUAAUCUUCAGAAGAACACAAGAGUACAGAGUACUGUGUGAAUCUCUGGUUGCCACUUUAUCGGACGGACAUAAUUGCACUGGAGGGGGUGUAGAGGAAAUUCACCAGGGUGGAAGGCUUCCGUUACAA